AUGGCUAGGAUAGCAAGAAAAGCUGGUAAUAUCUGUGUACCUGCAGAACCCAAAUUGGCAUUUGCCAUCAGGAUCAGAGGUAUCGAUGUGAGCCCAAAGGUUGAUAAGGUGUUAGAACUUCCUCAUCUUUGCCAGAUUUUCAAUGGCACUUUUGUUAUGCUUAACAAGACUUCAGUUAACAUGCUAAGGAUUAUAGAGCCAUAUAUUUCAUGGAGGUACUCAAACCUGAAGUCAGUGAAUGAACUUAUCUACAAGUGUGGAUAUGGCAAAAUCAAUAAGAAACAAAUUGCCUUAACAGAUAACACUUCGAUUGCUCAAUCUCUUGGUAAAUAUGGAAUCAUCUGCAUGGAGGAUCCAAUUCAGGAGUUCUACACUGUUGGAAAAUGCUUCAAAGAAGCAAAUAACUUCCUAUGGCACUUCAAAUUAUCUUCUCCAAAGGUGGAAUGA